UUGAUAUCAUAGUUGAUAGCCAAAUGUCAAGAAUGGUAUUUGUUAGCAGCGAACAGUGGGUUGAAGACAUAAAAGACAAAGUCACAGGGGAAUUGACCAAUCUGACCGGGUACACUUUCGUGCCGGACGAGGUCAGUGCAUACAUGAAAGACGACGGCAGUAUGGAUGUUACUCAGUCUGUUCUCACGUUUUAUGUGAAGGAACUAAAAACUGGCAGGAUCCUUACUGCGAAAGAAAUAACAGAUUUGGUGGACAAAUUCGGCAGCAGACUUAUAGAAGCAAGGAUUAGAUAUCAACUAGUAUCCAUUGAGAUAUAUACAACCUGCGUACCGGCGUACCCGACUGCUUGCAAUACUGAAGUGUCUGUAAAACGUGAGUAUUUGAAAUUUACAGCACAAAAUAAAGUAAAUUGGGAAUAUAAUAAUAUGUAUUGUAAUCUACAUGCAUAAUUAGUAAUAUGUAUAUAUAUAUAUAUCUAACCUAAUAACUGUGUAAAGGUUCAUAUACGUUGACACUGGAACGAGUUUAUUUAUGUCGAUAUGUUUUUCAUUAAAAUAAAAUCAACCAGCCAUCAUUAUAAUUAUCUUUCUAUCAUGAUUUUGUUCGUGAUUAUUUUCUCGCUAUCAUGAUAAUUAAGUCUAUUUUUCAUGAAAUUGAAAUUACAUGUACCUUCCACAAUUAUGUAGUUGUGUCCCAUUAUUGAAAAACAUUGCUUGCACUACUCCUUUCCAUCCACUGCACUGAUUCGAAAGAUACCCGAUCCACAUAA